AUGGCGGCGGUGGCGGGCGACGCCGACAACAUCAACAAGCAGGCGCGCAAGACGCGUACCAACUGGCUCAAGUCCCAUGAGCGGGCCAACUGGGCACACGGUUCGACGAAGUACGCUCCCAGUCCAAUGCUGUCCGACUCGUUGUGCACCUGUGCCCUCCUCCUCGAGCAGCUGCACGCCUCCGGCACCGCGGAGCAUGCGCAGUCCGCCGCUCAGCUGGCGAACCGCGUCUGGCAGCGGCGAGGCGACAGGCUCUUUGCGCUGCUCGAGCCGGCCUCCGAGGGCGACGCGGACAAGGUGCAGGCAGCGAGCCUGCGCUGUCUCAAGGCGAUGGCGACGGCCAGCGACGACGUGGCGCGCGCCAUCGUACAGCGGUCCAUUGGCGGAGGCUCGAGCGUCGUCGCGCUGCUCAACGGGUGCGAGAAGCCGCGCCGCUCUCGCGAGGUGUGCGGUGCGCUCGUCGAGCUCGUCGCGGUGCUGCUGCGCGUGGGCCCGCGCGAGCUCCUCUCGGCGGAGCACGGCCGCCUCGCCUCCUCGCCGCUCCGCCUCGUCGAGUGGCUCCCUCGCGGCGCGAGGCUGCGCGGCCUGGCGGCGCUGCAGACGCACGUGCUCGGGAACGGCGCGCUGAGCUUCCGCCUCGUCGCGCCCGUCGCCAACCACGCGGCGCUGGCCAAGCUCGCGCCCCUCCUCUCUGCCGGCGGAGACCUUUGCAAGGUCACUGCCGCCUUCCUGCUCAAGCUGAGCGAGCCGACCGUCGACCCGCAGCAGCAGCAGCUGGCCCUCGCCCUGCUCGCCGCGCUGCCUGGCCUGCGGGCCGCGUACUUGCAGGCGCGAGGCGACGCCGCCCUCGACCCGAAGCCGACUCGCCAGUGGGUGGUCGCCUUCCUGGUCCGCGUGGUUGGCUUGCCGCAGCUCCAGCGCUGCGGUGCCGCCAGCGAGGCCGCCGUGCAGCGGGCGCCUCCCCCGGGGCUCGGCCGCCAGUUCUGGAGCCGCGGGCUGCUGCAUUCCCGCCAGCGCGAAGACCAGCUGCAGCACUCGAGCCUGCUCGUGCGCGCCACGACGGUCAACGCGCUCGUGGCUGUCCUCGCCUCGCUCGGCGGUGAUGGCGGUGGCCGCGCCCGCUCCAAGCUUCAGGCCGCCUCCGCCAGCCGGCUGCUCAGCCUGAUGCACGGCCGGUUGCUCCACGCGUUGGCGCUCUACCACACUCUGAUGCCGGCCGUCUUCGCCGAGGGCAGGCUGCAGGCGAGGGCCCUCGCGAGGGCCCUCGUGCCGGGCCUUCCCUCCGCCGCGCCGAUCGUGCAGCAGUCUGCCUUGCGGCUGCUGUUGCCGCAGCAGGGAGGAGGAGGAGGCGGCGCUGAGCUUCCUCCCGCUGCAGAGCUGCUGCGGCGCGGUGAGCGGGUGCAGCCACUCGCCCGAGGCGAGGGCUUGCUGUCUGGCGGGAGGGCGGAGGCGUCCAUCUGGCUGGAGGGGCUCUCCCCCGCCACGGCGCCGCUGCUCGCCGCGCUGGCUGUGCAGGAGCUCGACCCGGGGCAAGGCCGGCUACCUCAAGGCCGGCGCGCGGAGCUCGCGGGCCGCUAUCUCAGAGAGGUGCUCGCCUCCCUGCAGCGGCUGGCGGACGGCAGGGCGCGGCCGCUGCUCCGCACGGCUCUGCUGCUGCAGCUGCCGUGUGGCGUGCCUGCAGACGCGCGCGCUUGCCUCCUCGCGCUCGGUGUGUCGCACCGGCGCGCGCAGACCGCCCUGCUGGAGGGUCUCUGGAGCGCCGGCGGCGGUCGCGCCUCCUCGUCCCUCGACGCGGCUCUCCAGCGCUGGCUCUACGCUGAGCCGGCCGCAGCGGCGCAGCUGGUGCACGCCGCGGCGGAGACGGGCGAGCUCGCCCUCGUGCGCCGUUUCGGCGCCGAGCCUCUAGCACUGCACUUGCUCGGGGCUUGCGUCGCCGCUGCCGUCGAUGAGGACCGCCUCGCGGGCGCGGGUCGACCGGCGCAGCGCACCCCUGCAUGGCUCCCGCUGCUUUACUGCCACUUUCGCCUGGCGACCGGGGCGGGGUCGAUGCUUCCUCUCCCGCGCAGCGCGCUGCCGCACUGCCUCCUUCGUAUCGCCGAGCUGAUCGAGCUCGAAGGCGCUGAGGAGGAGGAUUCACCUGCCGCCGCCCCCGCCGCCGCUUCUGCGGCCGAGGCGGCGGUCGAGGUGUUUUGCACGCUGCUGCUCGCAUCGCCGGGCUGGGGCGAGGGCGAGCUCAGCGGCGUGUUGCCUCCGCUCCGCCGCCGCAUCCGCUCCUCGCCCGCCCCUCAGUUGGAUCGCAGCGAGUUGGACGCGGACGUCGCCGCGGGCGCGCGGCUGGCCACCUCCUGGCACGGCGAGCACGCGCUCGGCAGACCGUCGCUCGAGUUGGUUGAGGCGGCCGACGCGCUGCGCCUCGCCGCCUCGCUGCUUCGUGGCCCGUGCGGCCCGCACAUGGCCCCUCUCGCUCCAGCGCUGCGCAGGCUUCUCGAGCUGCGCCGGCCGCUGCGCGAGUCGAUGCGCGCCCCAGACGCGCACGAGCUUCUCGACGUGCUCUCUGCGUUGGCCGCGCUGCAGCCGGCGCCGAUGGGUGCGCCGAUGGCCGUCGAGCUGCUCGUCGGCUGCGCGGCGGCUGUCUCGUCGGAAGGAGGUCUUAGGAGCACGAACUGA